CCUACUCUACCACUCAGUUGAACUAGGCAUGGCAUGGUAUAUGCGAUCUUCUGAUAUGACACUGCGCGCGUUUCGCUUUGGUCUGGCUGGGGCGGAGCUUCUUCCAUUCACGUCUCUGGGAUUUGUCACUGUUUUCCACUUUUCUUUGUCUUUAUUGCAAGGGUACCUUAUUGGCUACUGGAUAGAGCGGGUGUUCUGGCGUUGCAACUGUCUCGUCUUUUUUACAAUUGUGGAUAUAGCGUCAGACAGCUAUGUAGCAUCCAGACGUGUGGCGCAACCCCAGGUCUAGAACAAAAAUUUCCAUAUG